CACUAUCACUUCUCUGGCUUCAUCAUCUCAGUAACAUUUUGCAAUCCGUUUUUUGCAUCACGUAUAAAAAAUGCGCAAUUGAUUGAAUACGUCCAUUGUUUCUAUAUAUAUUAUGUGUCGGAUCAUUUGUGUUUAACAAAUUUUAAUAAGUCGUCAUCAAAAACCAAUUUAUAAUUUUCGCGAGAACUCAUUCGAUUUCAUCAUGAGAGCGUCGUUGAAGAAAAACACAGACUGUGUAACCUUACCCGUAGGUGGUUCAACAUUCGAGAUAUUUUACCACAAUAAGAUAUUGGGAAGACUGCAGAAAGCCGCACUGACAUUUGGCCCAAAGCCAAAUAUCUUCUACGCCCUCUUCAAGGAGAACGAUGUGGACUUUGAAAUUCAUGUAGCCAACAAGGAUCAAAGCAGACCACUUUGUUAUUACAUGAAUGUUAACAAUGAGGAAAAGGGCUUCAUUGUCGAUGAAAAUUCAAAUUGGGCACUCAAAACGAUGCAGUCAAAUGGCAACAACUUCCGUUUCGUUCGUCAGUCUAGUGAAGCGGGAAAAGAGCUGGUCUCGACGGCAGCUACUGCGCAUAAGCUGUCCUUUCGAGAAGCAUCAACUCUUGUCAGUCAAAUGAAGUUUCAAGUCAAAUACGCAAAGCCAAUUCGCAGCCUUUGCGUACAAGUCAAAGUGGUCGACGAAGUUGGAAAAACAAUCUGCCGUCAAUUUGAUAUGAAAUCGUCAGACAGAGUCGGCGAUUUGAACAGACUGAUGACAGAAGCAAUCGGAAAAAAGAUUCAAGAAAUCAGAUGCAACGACGAAUUGAUUAGCAAAAAUCAAUUCUUGGGAGAUUUUGAACAAAACAUUUGUGCCGGCGUCACGUUUGACAUGAAAUACCACAAAUCGAUUUAUUUGAAGACCAACCGAGGCAAGCGAAUUCGUUUCGACAUUUUCCCAAUGGAUACAUCCAAGACGUUGAAAGUGAAAAUCGAGCACAGAACUGGAAUUUCUGUAGAUCGUCAAACACUCUUUUACAAUCGAGCCAUUCUUGAUGGUGAUAGAAAAUUGUUCGAAUAUGUUUAUGGCGACGGUGACAGUAUUGAUCUCGUUGAAGAUGGAAUCACAAUCACUUUGGAGUGUAAGGAUCAGAACAUCUGGAAGAAGCGAGAAAAUACAUUUUUUGUCGGCCGAACUGACCAGAUCAAUGUCUUAAAACGUAAAAUCCAAAACGUUCUGGGAAUUCGUCCAGGUCUUCAAUUUCUUCAGCUGGGAAAUCUAACCCUUGCCGAUGAAAUGACGUUCAAAUGGUACACCAUCGAAAACGGUGACACGAUUCACCUAAGCUACGAUCGGUAUCCAGUUUGUGUCUUCGGAGCUCUCUACAAACGGCAUCAGUUGGAGGUAUCUCCUCUCGAUAAGAUUGUACACUUGAAACGUCAAAUUGAGAAAAAGUUGGGCUUUCCUCAAGUUCAGCAAGGAUUGACAUUCAAAUGGAAAUUGUUGUCCAAUGAUGACGCGACGAUUGAGGAGUCCGAAAUCACAUUUGGUGAUUCGCUCUACUUGGCUGGUUUCAUUAAAGGAAAUGUGCCAAUAUUUGUGAAGACGUUGACUGGGGAAGUGAUCACAUUGGCAGUUAAAAUCGAAGCAACGAUUGAAGACAUAAAGUUGAUGAUUCAAAACUACAAAGGAAUUCCUCCAGAUCAACAGAGACUCAUCUUCGCUGGAAAGCAGUUAGAAGAUGGACGAACUGUUUCUGAUUAUAGCAUUCAAAGGGAGUCAAUGUUGCAUUUGAUUCUUCGACUUAGAGGAGGUGGUGGAUGCAACUGUAAAACUUGUCCUGGCUGUCUCUUUUCCUUGAACAAUGAAGAGCCGCUAGUCUAUCCGGUGGGUGAGAGAGGAGCAAUAGGACAAGGCGCCAAAUCCGAGCAACAAUUCCGAUACGGUUCCUUCGACGAAGAUAAGUCUAUUGAGAUUGAAGAAUUUAUCAUAGAAAUGCGUAUGAUGAACUAAAAUACCUUCAAUGUAAAAUAACAAAAAUUGUCAAACUUUUUGGAGCAAUAAUAAAUACAGAUUUG